GCCCACAGGAAGCUCUGUCCACGAAAGCACAAACCGACAAAAAAGCAGCUCAGCUCGGCCCGCUUCCCUCCAAAUCGCACGCACCAAACCAAGACGAAAUCGCCCACGUCUCUCGCCUUCGCCGCCGCCCCGCCGCCCAUGCCGUCUCCCUCGCUCCGCCUCGCCGUCGUCGGGGCCGGCGCCGCCGGGCUGGCGGCGGCGCGGGAGCUGCGGCGGGAGGGCCACGCGCCGGUCGUCUUCGAGCGCGCCGCCGCCGUCGGGGGCACGUGGCUCUACGACGCCGCCCCCGCCCCGGGGGCUGCUGCGGCCGUGGCCGUCGACCCGCUCGGCGCCGGCGCCGCCCACUCCAGCCUCUACGCGUCGCUGCGCACCAACCUGCCGCGCGAGUCGAUGGGGUUCCUCGACUUCCCCUUCGCCGAGGAUGCGGGGGUCGACGGCGCCGGCGACCCGCGCAGGUUCCCCGGCCACGAGGAGGUGCUCCGGUACCUCGAGGCGUUCGCGCGGCGGUUCGAUCUGUACGGCCUCAUCCGGUUCGAGACGGAGGUGGUUAGGGUUCGGAGGGACGGCGGCGGCGGCGGAGGGAGGUGGGCGGUGACUUCCAGGAAGCUCGGGGAGAAGGGGAAGCGUGACGAGGAGGAGGUGUACGAUGCCGUCGUGGUUUGCAAUGGCCAUUACACGGAGCCUCGCCUCGCCCAUAUACCUGGGGUGGAUGCUUGGCCUGGGAAACAGAUGCAUAGCCACAAUUACCGCGUUCCAGAGCCAUUCCAUGAUCAAGUAGUGAUCAUAAUCGGGGCAUCUGCAAGUGCCGUAGACAUUUCAAGGGAUAUUGCAGGCGUUGCGAAAGAGGUUCAUGUUGCUGAUAGAUCAGCACCUGCAUUCACUUGCAAAAAGCAGCCUGGAUAUGAUAAUAUGUGGCUCCAUUCAAUGAUUGACCGUGCAGAAGAAGAUGGCAGUGUGGUGUUUCAGGAUGGCAGCUCAAUCAAAGCCGAUGUCAUUAUGCACUGUACUGGCUACUUGUAUGAUUUUCCAUUCCUUGGGGAUGAUAGCGCCAUCACUGUUGAUGACAACUGUGUUGGUCCACUAUACAAGCAUGUUUUCCCACCAGAAGUGGCGCCUCACAUGUCCUUCAUUGGAUUGCCGUGGAAGGUCAUUCCUUUCCCACUGUUUGAACUCCAAAGCAAAUGGGUUGCCGGUGUGCUAUCAGGACGGAUCAAGCUUCCUUCGAGAGAUGAAAUGAUGGAAGAUGCAAAAUCCUUGCACUCGAAACUGAAAGUGUAUGGAUGGCCUAAGAGAUACGCCCACAACUUUGCGGACUAUCAGUUCGAGUAUGAUGAUUGGCUUGCGGAGCAAUGUGGUCUUCCACCAAUUGAACAAUGGAGGAAGAUGAUGUAUGCUGCAAAUUCAAAGAACAAGGCAGCUCGUCCAGAGAGUUACCGAGAUGAGUGGGACGAUGAUCAUCUAGUGGCAGAAGCAAAAGAAUAUUUCAAAAAAUACUUGUAAAAUAUAUCUUUUGAUUCUCAUCUUGACAUUUAUGCAAUGUCCAUGAUUGCAAUUUGCAAUGCAGUAAAUAUACAGAGGAUAAUUCUGUACACCCAAAAACCUCAAGUCUGGAAUGGGUACAUAUGCUCGCUGGUUUACUUGUGAAUUAUUGGACCAUUUGGGGCUUGUACACUGUAAUAAUCUGAAACAAAACAAGAGAAUAAUUCUGUGCAUGAAUUUAUCAUUUCAGUUUUAUAAGACGCU